AUGUCCGGCGCGGAGAACGGCCCUAGUGCUGUCGUCGACACGUGUGACAAGCGUAGCCGCGAUGAAAGUGAUGUUACCGGGCAAGUCACUUUGACUCCACCGCAUUCGACAGCGCGAAUGCCGUUUUUGGACCGCAAUAAGAACAAAAGAGCACAUCCGUUGUCUCCGGAACUUUCGUCGCCCACGCGACCUACGAAAGCGCGAAAAUCGAAAUCUGAUCCGCCAUUAAUCACGACAAGAUCCUCAAGCUCGCAAACGUUAGAAGAGCAGAUCGAAGCCUUUAGCGACGAGGUCAAAAUGAGGGCACUGCAAGAUCGUUCCAAAAAGCCACCUUUCUCCUACGCCAUGCUCAUCGGGUUUGCCAUCUUGCAAUCGCCUGAGUCGCAACUUACGCUUUCGCAGAUUUAUCACUGGAUUACAAGCCGGUUCCCCUUUUAUCGGCCGAGCGAUGCUGGUUGGCAGAAUAGCAUUCGUCACAAUUUGUCUUUGAACGAGGCCUUUGUGAAAGGUGGCAAGUCAAACGACGGGAAGGGUCAUUUUUGGCAAGUCAAAGCCGGCUGCGAGGCUAAAUUUUUUAAAGGGUCGCACUCCAGUGCUGAAAUCCGCGAAAAAUUGCAGAAAAUAUCUGCCAAAAUCGGCAUCUCAGAUGCAUCGUCAUGGGGCAAAGUUGACAGGCCAAAGACUAACUUGGAAGGUUCUGCAGACGCUGAAUCGCGCCGGGCAAGUCGUGAUGAGCUAUCCGACUACAGGGGCCCGCUAAACUUGGCUUCUUCUCCACAAGCCACAGAGGAGCCCGCGUCUCCGUUUGGAACGGGAGAAGACGACGACCAUGAAGUGGAAAGAGACGCGUUUAUCGACGAAAUGCCGGGCCACCUGAGUUCACAACUCCCGCUUACUUCAAAAUCGGGGUUUGAAACAACAUUUGAUCAUCCUUUCUUCUUGAAGAAACCUGGCACGACCCAUGGUAAUUCGGAUUUUGCUAAGGACGAAAGCGGGCUUUUUCACGGAAUGUCCGCUGGCAUUGCUUCACCUCGCGACUGUCAACGGUACAGUUGUUCUUUCAAUACCAGUUUUGAAGCCUCUCCUAUUGCAAAAGAGGUAAUAACAGGUCCCUUAUACGAGAGGCUCAAUUCACCAUCUGCACCGACGCAUCCUGAAAGCGACCUUCUCAAAACACCCAAGCUUACGUUUACUUUCGGCGUGCAGAAAAGUCCGAUUGGCUUGGCCUCGACUCCCAGGGACGGGAAUUCUGCUUUCAAAUGGAAAACGCCCUCGUUGAUCGACGAUUUUUGUCGAUCGCCCGUGUUUCUGAAACCAAGUGGCACACCUCUUCUUCAUCUAGAUGAUGCCAGAAUAAGCCAAGUUUCUUUUGAUAGGGAAGAAAAUCCCUUAACACGCAAAUCUGGAACAGCUACCUGCACGACGACAGCCGCCUCAAAGGGAACUCAUAGAGCAUUUGAAAGUAUAAGAUACUCGUCAAGCGGUCUCUUCGGCGUCGACGUUUGCUCUGUACUUCGCAGAGCCGCUGAAAGCUGUACUGAUCAUCCACAACCACAAGCGGCUAAAGAAAUGAAGUUGGGUGUGCCUUUUGAAGGUCGAAAUCGAUCACAAGCGGAGUUUAACAGGGACAAGAAGGUUUUGUAA